AUGGCGGAUCUUCCCGAUGAGGUACUUGAACGGAUCUUUAGAAACGUAGUCCAAAUAGACUUGGCCCCAUCUAUGUGGCUACCCAUAGCCACAUAUGAGGGCAUCAAACAACGGGAGAUCGCGAGAAGAAUUCGAUUGAUAGCUAAAAUGAGACUAGUGUGUCGAAGAUGGGCAGAUUGGCUCUACGCAUCGUAUCUCUAUGACGAGCUUUCAUUCAAGUGUGCUUACAGGGCAAGUACCUUCAUCCAUCAACUCGCUGAACGACCGAGGGCACUCCCGCUUCCCCAAUGUCGCUAUUUGAAAGUUCACGAGAUCUGGACUUCGGGAGCUGCGCCUCCUGGGAUGGCUGAAAUCGAAAGUUUGGAUGCCCUGGUCGAGCAAUUUUCCGAGACAAUUGUGGCGCUCGACAUUCGUUUUGUCAACUUUUUCACACUUUGGCCGUCAACUAUCGAGAAAAUAGGCGGCAUACGGAACUUGCGUUUUCUAAGACUUGGAAUCCGCUUCACCAGGGUGGGUGGGGGCAAGACAAAAGGGGUAUCGGUCGAUAGGGACAUGACGGUCAACGGCCUGCCCACCGAUUCGGAAUGUCUCGCAUCUCUACUUAGAGCAGUUGAUCAAAAAUUGGUCGCCCUCGAUUUCACCGAUUUCCGCCCUGUUUGUUCACCAACAUUGCUCGGAGAAGUUCUCGGUGAUUAUCAGUGUUCUACGAUUACGACCUUGAAGCUAGACGUGAAAACGGAGGGAAAUCUCACUUUAGAUGGCAUCGUAAGACUGUCUGCUAAGCUACCGAACCUCAAAGUGCUUUGGAUCGGGGGCCCUGGUCAUCAAGGUGAAAUACUCCUUCCGAUUUUCGAAAGCCUCAGAGAGAAACUAGAAGAGCUCUAUGUCACAGACGCAAGAGUAUUACAACCCGUUCUCAACAUCAGCUUUCCAAGACUCCGAGUAGUUAGGGUCCACGAUUGGGAUCGAGACUUCCCUGGUUUCUUGCGGAAGAAUAUGUUCGCAUCUGUAGAGAUUCUUGCGCUCAAUUGUUUUCCGUUUCACAAAAAACACAAAAAGAUUCUUCCUUGGAUGCCUCUUGCGACGCUGCCACAUCUGAGACGGGUAGAAUUUCACGAAGCCUCGGGGUUCCUUCCAACACGCUGGAUCGAAGAUCAAUGUGACGAGCACGAAGUGGAACGGGUGUACCCUCGCGGUGAUACCGUUGGAGAAGAUGGCCGUGCGAUUCUUGACUUCGAUGCUCCUUCCGCGUUGCUAAACCAGCUGAAAAUUUAA